AGGCGGAAGAGGCGGUGGGGGCGACACGUGGGGAGCGGCGGAGCCAUGGGCCGGGGACCGGGACCGGCACCGGGACCGCGACCGCGACCGCGACCGGGAUCGGGACAGGGACCGGGAUUGAGACAGGGUCAGAAAUCGGGACCGGGACCGGGACAGAAACAGAGAUCGGGAUCGGGACAGAAACAGAGAUCGGGACCGGGAUCGGGACAGAAACAGAGAUCAGGACCGGGAUCGGGACAGAGACAAGGACCGGCACCGGGACCAGCCGCCCUUCAGCGCAGUAGGAAGCAGAAGUUGGACAACAUGAAGCCCAAGCACCCCGACGAGCAGGAGAUCCCUUUCCGCCUGCGGGAGCUCAUCCGGAGCCGUGAGGCCAUGAAGCGCCCGGAUCCCAGGAAGCAGAAGGCGGCAGAGAAGAAGCAGCAGCCCAAGUCCAAGGCCCCCAAAGCCCAGGGAGAGGUCCCCGUCCCCAAGUUCAGGAGAGGGAAGGGGGAGUCGGAGCGCUCCUACAUGUGCCGCAUGGAGCAGGAGGUGCAGCGCAUCCUGUUCCUCACCGAGAACCAGCUGCAGCGGGAGCCUGAGAAGGAGCCGGUGGCACCGGAGAAGUCCAAGAGGAAGAAAGAGUUUCAGAAUAAGAAGCUGGAAAAAGCUCGGAAGAAGAAGGAGGAGAAGAAAGAGGCCAUGCUGGAGAAGAGCCUGUUCCAAGACACAGUGGCAUUUGGGGACGUGGUCACGCAGCCACCCACCAUCACAUCACGGCCCAGGGGCCAGGGCCCUGCAGAGCAGGCUGGACGGAAGCGGCUCCUGCUGACACCGCGCCUGGGCCAGAGCCCGGCGGCCCCGGCAGCGCCCGUGUCCAUGGCUCGGCAGCGCAUCGUGGCGGAGGAGAGAGCUCGUGUCAUCCAGGCCUACAGGGACCUCCAGAGGCGCAAGCAGCAGCAGCGGGAGGUGGCACAGGCGAGCGCCAAGGCCCGGCGCAGGGUCCCGCGCUGAGCACAGCCUGGAUGAGCUGAGCCUGGUCCCGCUCAGGGUGUGCAGGCAGCGUGCAGGCAGCACAGGACCCCAGGACUUGAAGGAGACGUUGUCCUGGUGCUGCUCUUCUGUUGCCAAGCACUGGGGCUCCCCACAGCCCCUCACUUUGGCUUGGGGCACCUCAUGGGCUCAGUGUUGGAGCUGGGACCCCCACGGUGCCAUGGACAUGCUUGUAGUAAAAGUGCCAUUGAGUGUC